AUAGAUCUAUAAUCUCUAGAUCAAGAAGAAGAGAUAUAGAGAAAUGGAAGGGAUACAACACAAGACAGUAAUUGUAAACGGCAAUAUUAACAUGCACUAUGUCGAAAUGGGCCAAGGUCCAAUCGUCUUAUUCCUCCACGGAUUCCCGGAGCUUUGGUACACUUGGCGACACCAGAUUCCUUUUGUGGCGGCCUCCGGCUAUCGAGCUGUGGCUCCGGAUCUCCGAGGAUUUGGAGACACCACCGGAGCCUCUGAUGACCCCGCUGCAUUCACAAUGUUUCGUGUUGUCGGGGAUUUGGUGGCGCUAUUAGACUCGGUGGCCCGGUCCGAUGAGGAUAAUGUGUAUGUGGUAGGUCAUGAUUGGGGAGCAAUAGUUGCGUGGAAUCUGUGCCUUUAUCGGCCAGAUAGAGUGAAGGCGGUUCUCAAUAUGAGUGUGGCAUUUGCGCCGAGGAAUCCUAAAAUGAGUCCUCUUGUUGCUUUACACUCUACUUAUGGCGACGAUUAUUAUAUCUGCAGAUUUCAGGGACGUGGUGAAAUAGAGGCCGAGUUUGAUAAAAUUGGCACGAAAGUUGUUCUCAAGAACUUUCUAAGUUACCGGAGUCCAAGUCCUCUUUUCCUUCCCAAAGGAAAACCUUUUGGAGAUUCACACGGUGAAACCAAUCUCCCACCUUGGCUAACCGAGGAAGAUUUGGAUUACUACACGGAAAAAUUUGACAAGUCCGGCUUCACUGGACCAAUUAAUUAUUAUCGCGCUCUUGACAUGAAUUGGGAGUUGAUGGCGCCAUGGAGCGGGGCGCAGAUUAAGGUUCCAGCUAUGUUCAUAGUUGGUGACCUUGAUCUCACGUAUGCAGUGCCGGCGAACCGGGAGUAUAUACAUAAGGGAGGAUUCAAAAGAUAUGUGCCUUUUCUUCGGGAAGUGGUGGUGAUUAAAGGAGUCGGCCACUUCCUCCACGAAGAAAAGCCCGAUGAAGUCAACAACCACAUCCUUGAUUUUCUCAAAAACUUCUAAUCGAUCAUGGACAUUUAUUUCUUCUACAUGUUCUUCUCUUAGUUUUGGCAUGUCUAUCUCUCUUUUUAUUGGAAUGUUUAAAGAACUUUGUUUGUCUUAAUUGUUAAGCCAAAUAAUUAUAAAUGAAUUGU